CACUGGGCUGGUGAACGUAAUAGCUGUCCCAGUCAGAAAAGGAGAGAGGAAAUUAGCAGGAAGAUUGGUGGAGAAUGAUAUCUGUCAAAAGAAACACUUGGAGAGCACUGAGUUUAGUAAUAGGUGACUGCCGGAAAAAGGGGAACUUUGAAUUUUGCCAAGAUCGCAUUGAGAAGCAUUCCACAAUGCCAGAUUCACCUGUGGAUGUGAAGACGCAAUCCAGGCUGACACCUCCAACAAUGCCUCCUCCCCCAACUACCCAAGGAGCCCCAAGAACCAGUUCUUUCACACCCACGACAUUAACUAAUGGCACAAGCCAUUCGCCAACAGCUUUGAAUGGGGCUCCUUCUCCACCAAAUGGCUUUAGCAACGGCCCAUCCUCCUCCUCAUCAUCGUCUUUGGCUAAUCAGCAGCUACCACCAGCUUGUGGAGCUAGGCAGCUUAGCAAACUGAAGAGAUUCCUUACAACCUUACAGCAGUUUGGCAAUGACAUUUCACCAGAGAUUGGGGAGAGAGUGCGUACCCUUGUGCUAGGACUUGUGAACUCCACUUUGACAAUUGAAGAAUUUCAUUCCAAACUGCAAGAAGCCACUAACUUCCCACUGCGACCUUUUGUCAUCCCAUUUUUGAAGGCCAAUCUGCCCCUGCUACAGCGGGAGCUCCUGCAUUGUGCAAGGCUGGCCAAGCAGAAUCCCGCCCAGUACCUCGCUCAGCAUGAACAGCUGCUUCUGGAUGCCAGCACCACCUCACCUGUUGACUCCUCAGAGCUGCUUCUCGAUGUGAACGAAAACGGGAAGAGGCGAACUCCAGACAGAACCAAAGAAAAUGGCUUUGACAGAGAGCCUUUGCACUCAGAGCAUCCAAGCAAGCGGCCGUGCACUAUUAGCCCAGGCCAGCGGUACAGUCCAAAUAACAGCUUGUCUUACCAGCCCAAUGGUCUGCCUCACCCCACUCCGCCUCCACCUCAGCAUUACCGUUUGGAUGAUAUGGCCAUUGCCCACCACUACAGGGACUCCUACAGACACCCCAACCACAGGGACCUCAGGGACAGAAACAGACCUAUGGGGUUGCAUGGGACACGUCAAGAAGAAAUGAUUGAUCAUAGGCUAACAGAUAGAGAAUGGGCCGAAGAAUGGAAACACCUUGACCAUCUCUUAAACUGCAUCAUGGACAUGGUAGAAAAAACAAGACGAUCUCUCACUGUGCUACGGCGAUGUCAGGAAGCUGACCGGGAGGAACUUAAUUACUGGAUACGGCGGUACAGCGAUGCAGAGGACUUAAAAAAAGGCAAUGGUAGCAAUCAUUCCAGACAGCAGAGUCCAGUGAACCCAGAUCCCGUCCCUUUAGACUCACAUCGGGAAUUCCUUCACAGGCCUGCUUCUGGAUAUGUGCCAGAGGAGAUCUGGAAGAAAGCUG